AUGCUGAGACGAUCCCACAAGAAGUCACGGGCCGGGUGCCUGGAGUGCAAGCGUCGCCACGUCAAGUGUGACGAACAGCGGCCCAAGUGCAUCAUUUGUACACUCUCAGAUCGGGAAUGUGGUUACCCACCACAGCCGGCCGGCUCUUCAGCCCCUAGCACACCAGCAGCAGCCAUCCAGGAGGAACCAGAGCCCAAGCAGUCCGCAGAUUUGGCUCCUGCCAUCACUACUAAAAAUGAAAGUAGCGCGAGUCCCGUUGCCGGUGUCCCCCUUCCCGACAUCGCGAGCCGAGGGCCGAUGUCGCCCAACUAUGCGAACCAGAGUUCACCCGAGGUCAAUCUAAAUCACAUGGAGUUACUUAUCCGUUUCAACUUUGAAGAGCACGCUCCCGAGCUGAACGUUGAGAUGCACGACUUCGCAUCGAAACUCUUAUUCAAGUGUGCACUCGAGGCCCCGUAUUUGAUGCACCAGAUCCUCGCCGUUUCAGCUCGACGUCAAGCACUCCUUCAACCCGAGCGAGCAGAUCACUUUCUCGAGACCGCCAUUCACUUACAGACCAAGGCCGUUUCUAUUUACAACGAGACCGGAGCCAGAGCUCAAAUUGACCAGACCAACUGCUCGACUCUCCUCCUGUUUUGCUCCCUUCUCGGCCGUCAUUUGCUUGCCGACCUCCUUGCGAGGCGCGACUCCGACUUUGGCGACUUCUUGACCCGCUUCCUCGAGUUUCUCUCGAUAUCUCGUGGCCUGCUUGCCAUGUCCGUCUCUGCCUGGGAUCUUCUGUUGCAAUCUGACAUCAAACAUCUUGUUCUUUGGGCCCUCGAAAUCUCCCAGUCCACACCUCGGGGGAACCACUGCGAUGGACUGCAACGCCUGGUGGCCGAGUCGAAGGAGCUAGACGUACCAUCCAAGGAAGCCUGCAUGACUGCCAUUGCCUGCCUUCAAGUUGGUUUCGACAGUCUGCUGGGGGGCGACGCCCGGAACCAGAGGUACUUGAUGGUGUUCAUGUGGUGA